GGCUUGCUUUCUCGGCUUCCGCUCCGCUCCCUCGUCUUGGCGUAACCUCCGGUGUCUGCUAAUCUGGAGGAAGCCAUUGGGCUUCGGAUGUUGCUAGUCACAAGCAGAAGGGAGAGAGAAGGCUGACGUCAGCGGGAGCGGAGCGAGCAGAGCAGAGCAGUCGGGGAAAUAAAAGUGGGUGCUGUACUCUUGCAAAUUGGGGUGCGGGGGCCGAGGCUGAGAGAUAAGGGCUUGCCUAUGACCAGCUGGGUGAUCUCCGUGGCAGAUACAGGAAACAGUGUGACAAGGUGGACACUGUACAGCUCCAGCGAUGGUACGGAUUUUGGCCAAUGGAGAUAUUGUACAAGAUGACGACCCUCGGGUGAGACAGAACAAUCGGAACAGGGAAAACUCAUCCCGUCCGGGUUUUUUUAACACAAUGACGAAUGCAGGCCCUGCUCCACAACCACACUACCAGCACCAGCAGCACCAGCACAACCAGGGUGCAAGACCGGGAGAACGCUCGCCGUUUUCAGACAUCAAUCAACAGCUAGUGAACAUGGGCUUCCCUACCUGGAACCUUGGCAACCAGGUGGUGGAGCCAGUGAUGUCAAUUCUACUGCUCUUCCUCCUCAUGAUGGUGGGCGUGCGCGGCCUUCUCUUGGUGGGCCUCAUCUACAUCGUUUCCCACUUAAGCCAGCGAUGACAAGGACUCCUGUACAGGCCAUGACUGCUGCCAACUAAGGCAGAAAGCCAGGUUUCCUUGUCAGGGGUAUGAGUGUGUGAUAAAAGCAGAAAGUGUGGGUCUUAUGCCCCCAUUUUGUGUGUGCUUGUUUAUGUGUGCAGCCCCCUUGCACGAGAACCUCUGUAUAUAAAAUGGGGAAUGGCAAUGAGCAACUGGCAAGCAUGUAGCAUCUUUCCCGAGGGCAUUGUUUCACAUCAGUUGUCUCCUGCUGAGACUUGAAAACCUGGCUUGGACUUAAUGGUGCACGGGACUGCAUCAGGCACACUAAACUAAAUUUGCUCUCCUACUCAGGAAGUAGCAGCUGCAGUAGUGGUUUCAGGGUUGGGGGAUGAAACUUGAUUUUUCUUCUUUCUGCUAGAGGAUUGAAAGGGCAGCAGCCAGGUCUCUGAUCCGUAAAAGCAGAGGCAAAAGAUGGAAGUUAGGUUUAAGGGGCGCUUAGGCCAAGUCAUAAAAGGCAAUGGCUGACGUGAUGCACAGUUUAUUGGAGCCAGAAGGCUCCACGUUGGGGUUGCUGUGGAGCGAGAAGGCAGCCCCAAUGCUUUUCAAAAGCAGUAAUGGGAGUAAAUGCAAUAAAGCUGCUUACAUAGCUGUUGGAUUGAAAAAGCAUGGCUGCCUUCUGACUCUGCUGCAAUCGCAACCUGGAGCCUUCUGGCUCCAUUGAACUGUGCAUCAUGUUGGCCAAUAUUUUCUUAUGAGUUCUGGAAGAGAGAGAGACUAGUAUGCUAGUUGAGAUAGCAGUGCUGAGCUGAAUUGGAGCCAUAGGUGGCACGUGCUGCUUUGGAUAUGUACAUUCAGAUUUAUUAAAAUGGGCACGUCCUUGGAGAUUGUAUGAAGGCAGAGAAGAGAAGAGAAUGAGUAUAAUCUAGAGGAAGCGAAAUGUACCUGUGUCUCUUCAUAUGUGUGGAACUUCUACCCUGAUCUUAAUCUUAUUUAUGUAGAAGCAAGUCCCAUUGAUUACAGUGGAAUGUGCUUUCAAGAAAGUGUGCUCAGGAUUCCAGUCAUGUUUAAAUCAACUUUUGCAUGGUUCAAUAGAGCCCUCAGGAUGGCUUGCAUCGGUGAGAUAUUGGAACUGGUGGAACAGCACAAAGCAAUACAAAUCUGCUAAAACAAAUAAGUGGCGGCAGCAAAAAAUAUCCUUGGUAUAAUCUAGAAAACAAUUUAAGCAUUGCUUUCUACUGUUUGAAUGGGAUCAGGUAGCCCUCAUUGACUUCCUACAGACCAAUGCAAAGCAGGCUUGCCAAAUCUCUCUUGGGAAGGAAUCUGAUAGCUUGGGUGCCAGCACUGAGAGGGCUCUGCUAGCCAACCUGACAUCAGACAACACAGAUGCUUGGAGCAGGGUGUUAUGCCUGUGUUGAUUUCAUAGGGACUGUACCAUCUUAACUUCCUCUGGGUUGCAUCGUGUGGCUGUGAUCCAGUGAGGAAAGGUCAUGUACACAAGCCAGGUAUCUAUAUUGCUGGUUGUGGAAGCAGAAGGAGUGCAGGGUAAUGGUGAAGUUCUCUCUGCCGAUUGGGAGCCUUCUGUGUAUGUGGAGCACCGGGUUGUAGCCAGGGUUGCAGCUGCUGUCACCUGCCCCUUGCCUCUCUUGUGUUGAAUGUCAUAGGUAACUGUGUCAAGUUGCAUAUGUACUCUCAUGCAGGGAAGUUGCUAGGUCAUGGUUAGAAAUGUUUCUUCCUUUUAGCAUGGCCACAGGAGAAGAAAAAUGGAUUUAGGGUAGAUGGAAGAAUCUUGUUUUAAAAUAUUACAUUCCUUUGUGACUGAAAAUUCUCACACUAGAGAUAGAUUUGAACAAAGCUGCUUUGUCCAUGAAAUCCCCUCCCGAAGGCAACAGAUCUGCAGCCUAUAUGGGUAGGGUGACCGGCACAGAAACAUUUUCCUUUAAGCAAGAUUGGAUUUGAGAAGAAAGUUGGCGUCUUGAUUGAAAUCCAGACUUCAUAAUUCAUAGGCAAUUGCAAAAACAGGCCAUCCUGGAGCCCAGAAUUGAAGACUGUCUCCAAACUGAGGGAAGAGAGCUUGGAACCACAUUGGGUUUGGUUCACCAUUGUGGUGGCCGCAACAGGUUGGGAAUGGGAGGGAGCUGCUGGGCUUGUUGCUAGGAGUGGUUUAUACGGAAGUGUCGUUUGCGAGGCCUGCUGCCUCCAUGUGAGAGCUGUACAUGUGGUUCUUGCAGUGUAUGUAGCCCCCACAUGGAAGCACUGGUUCUUACCAAUGGUGCUUUGUGCAAGUGCUGCAGAAAGGGGCACCUGAGGAGCUUCUUCGUGGGCUGCCUUAGGUAUGGGUUUUGAGUCGUUUGACUCAAAUACCCUUAAUGAUGUGGGUGUGUGUUGCAGUGUGGGAGUCUUAUUGAAUGAGCGUGCAGUGGGCAUGUGUGAAGAACUUGUUGCUUCUGUUAGAUAGGUGAAUGAAUGGAACAAGGUCUCUUUAAUUGACUGCACGUUUCUGUGUAACAUGGUGGGAACAGAAAUAGUCCUCCUCCUCUAGCCAUUGUCAUCAGGCUGCAGCAGAGGGUGAGGCAAGCACCAAGGCCCCUCCAUCGGCCUGAGGAGGGCCAUCAUCUGCCUCCCCCCUUCAACUUUUGUCUGAUUUUUUUAAAAAUAAAGAUUGUGAGCCCUUUUAGGACAGAAUUAUUAUUUCUAAAGAAUGCUGACAGCUGUUCAGGAAGAGUGGGAUAUAACUGUAACUAACAAACAUAACCCCAAACUGUUUCCUCUGAAAGCAAAACCAUACUGCUUCCUCUGAAAGCUAUCUGGAGAUAGCCUCCUACUGAAACAGUGUGGAAGAAUAGAAUUCAAGCAAGAAAAUCUAUUUGUAAUACCCUCCCUUAACUCUUUGUAAUACUAAUUGCAAACUGUUCCAUAAUACAUAAUUUUUCUCUUUCCAAA